UUGGGCAGUCGAGAAGACAACUAAAGGAGAUAUAUCAUUACCUACCUCAAACAAAGGAACCGUUAUCGCUUACUGCAGUGUAAGAGAGGCAUGACAACAACCAGGUCUAUUGUGUAUGUCAUUGGUGAUGAUGAUUAUGAGGAUUAUCCUUGACCGUACUUCAACACACCUGUCUUCAAAGAGCAACCAAAGACCAAACGACACAUCUUCCUCUCGACAAUCUACUGUCACGACAGAUUCGGACAUAAGGAAAGAGCUGGAAAAUAUUUUGAAACUAUGUCCAAGCUCAGUAGGGCGACUUGGUAAUCAGAUGUUUGCAUAUGCAAGCACAUAUGGCAUAGCAAGGUCCGUCAACAGGACAAUGGUAAUUUCAAACGAUCAUAUCUUACGAAAUGUGUUCAAACUGACAGCAUACGUCAUGCCAAAUCGUUCUUUUUCUUGUACCCGGUGGAAACAAGUGGCCCCGAAGUUCAGUGGCCGCUUUGAUGGCAACAUUUAUAACAGGGUGAUUGGUAACAAAUGCGAUAUUAUGCUGAUAAAAUAUCUCCAAUCUUGGAAAUACUUUGAAAAGUAUAAGUCAGAAAUUCUGCUGGAAUUCUCGUUGAAAGAUGAAUUAAAGGUGAUGGCAGAUUCAAUUCUACAUCAAGCUGCGAAAUCGGUGUCGAUGGAUUCUGAAGAAGGAAAUACCGCCACAUACAUUGGGGUUCAUAUUAGGCGCGGAGACCUUUUGUUCGAUAGCAAGGUACAAUUCGGGUACAAUGUGGCCACUGGGACUUACAUUAAACAUUCCAUAACAUACUUCCUGUCAAAGUUCUCUAAUCCUGUGUUUAUCGUAUGUUCUACAACAUUAGACUGGGCUAAGGAAGAACUCAGAGACCUAACUAACGUGUAUAUAAAGUAUGUUUACACUAAAAAUCGACCGGAAGUGGACUUUGCCGUGUUGGUGGCAUGUAACCACACCAUUAUGACUGUAGGAACGUUCGGAUGGUGGGCGGGAUACCUCGCCGGAGGUGACGUCAUCUACUAUAAAUACCCAGUAAGGAAUAAUUCAAAACUGCGGGAACAAUUAGAUUCGAGCUUUUCAGACUAUUUCCCAUCCCACUGGAUAGGAAUGGGUUAAAGACUGAAAGCUGCAAGAUUAGUUUUCACCGGUGACUUUCAGUAUAAUCAAUUUUGAUUGAAAAGAGAAGACAUUGAGGAUAAAACAAGUCGCAUUUCAUCAUUCAUAAAACAGGGCACACGUAGGUAUUCUUCUCUAUCGUGAUACAGCCGGGAACCGGUUUUAUGCGGAUACAUCCAGGCACUCAAUUUAAGAUGGAAAUUGAAAUACAAAAACUAAAAAAUAUGUACUUAACUUCACUUUCCUCUUAAAAAGGUUAAACAUUUGAGAUGUAGGAUGUUUUUCAUAUACUGUUAUUAAUCAUUAAAUAUAUCUGUACUUUCAUGGAAAACGUCAUGAAGUAUAGUAA